AUGAAUAUUACCAUACUUGAUGAUUAUUUUGAUACUAUUCGUACACUUCAAUGUUAUAGUAAGUUAAAUGGUCAUAAUGUCACUAUAUGGAAUGAUCAUGUUCAAGAUACAGAUGCACUUAUUGAUCGACUUAAAGAAACGGAUGUAUUAGUAUUGAUUCGUGAACGUACACAGAUUCGUAGUGAAGUUCUCGAACGAUUACCUCGUUUAAAAUUGAUUAGUCAACGUAGUGUCUAUCCUCAUAUUGAUAUCAAUGCUUGUAAUCGUUUAGGUAUUAUUGUAUCAUCUAAUCAACAUGUUGAUAGUCCUUCGUAUGCUGCUGCUGAACUAACUUGGGCAUUAAUACUUGCAGCAAUGCGUCAAAUUCCUCAACAAAUGGCUGCACUUAAAGCUGGUAAAUGGCAAAUUGGUGUCGGUGCAACAUUACGUGGAAAAACACUUGGCAUCUAUGGUUAUGGUAGAAUUGGUAGUACUGUUGCUAGAUAUGGAACAGCAUUUGGUAUGAAUGUACUUGUUUGGGCACGUGAAACAUCUCUUGUUCGUGCUCGUACUGAUGGUUAUGCAACAGCCAGUAGUAAAAAAGAAUUUUUCGAAAUGUGUGAUAUUCUUUCACUUCAUAUGCGUUUAGUUGAAGUAACACGUGGUAUUGUUACUGCUCAAGAUCUUGCUUGUAUGAAACCAACUGCUCUUAUAGUCAAUACGAGUCGAGCAGCACUAAUUGAGUCAGAUGCAUUGGUCAAUGCAUUACGUGCUGGUCGACCUGGUAUGGCAGCUGUUGAUGUCUAUGAACAUGAGCCAAUGAUUGACACUAACAAUCCUCUUCUCACGAUGGACAAUGUUAUUUGUACGCCUCAUAUUGGAUACGUGUCAGUUGAUGAAUAUGAACUUCAGUUUUCUGAUAUCUUUGAUCAAAUUGUAGCCUAUGUGUCUGGUACACCUAUCCAUGUAGUUAAUUCAACAGUGCUUGGUCAGUAA